AUGCAGCUAACAAAGUCCUUUGCGGCUGCUGCGAUCGUCCUUGGGGCCAUCUCGGCAGCAGCCCCACUCGAGCGCCGAAGCUUCGGUGCCAACAUUCCGAAUGACCCCGAACAAAUCCGCUUGGUCGAACAGGAAGCUCGUGGAUCGCUUCCCAACUCAGCGCCACCACCCAAAUUGGAGCCUAGCAGUUUGACUGCCUUCCAGCUUAUUCAGUUUAACGAACAAUUCGAAGUCGCAUUCUUUUCGUCCAUGUUGGAGAAUGUAACUGCGGGCGGGCCUGGUUGGGAGACGUCAGAGAAGGACAAGAUGGUGAAUGCCUUGAAAGUUGUGGUUGCUCAAGAAAAGCUCCAUGCGCUCGAUGCGAAAGGCGUUCUAGAUCAUUUCAAGGCGUUCGCGCCACCGCCCUGCCAGUAUCAGUUCCCUUCCAACAGUCUGAAGGAGGCUGUCGCCCUCGCAGAGACGUUUACUUCUGUCGUUCUGGGAACCCUGCAAGAUGCUACACAACUUCUCGCAAAGAACGGAGACGCUGGCCCAGUCCGUGCCGUCACAUCUGUCAUCGGUCAAGAAGGCGAACAAAAUGGCUUCUACCGCAGCAUACUGGCCCGAGCACCCUCCUCGCAGCCCUUCCUCACAACCUCAAUCGCGCCUUUUGCCUAUUCCGCGCUACAGUCUUUCGUCGUCAAAGACUCGUGCCCGUUCAAGUUGUCCGAGAUCGACAUCCCGCUCUUCGCACCUCUGAAUGUGCUACAAAUGGCACAAGCCGGCGAGGUUAAGGCCAAAGAUCAGAUGCUCUCCUUCACGGUCGAUCUCCGAGAAAUUGUGACUGCCGGCAGAUUCCUCGGCAAGGACCCCGGUGGACUUUUCGUCACUUACCUCAGCGGCCAGAACGUCCCGUUGAGCGUGCCGGUAAAGAACGGAAAAUGGGACGGCUCAAGACUCGAGUUCGACGCUGAUUUCCCGUUCCAAAAGAACAGCAUGUGGGGACUGACAAUCGCUGCGGUGACUUUUGAGGGAGAUUUCAAGAAUGCCGAUGAUGUUGUCAAGGGGACACUUGCAGGGCCUGGGUUGAUUCAAGUGAAUGAAUGA